AUGGGAAACAUUAACAGAUCCAUUCAAGACUUCCGGUUGAUCCAAAAACUGCAGAGGGCUUGUGAGAUCCUCCAGCAGCUGAAGCACUUUGCUUCCCAGUUUUCCAAGACAGUCCAGUUGCUGAAGGUCCAGUCUCCGAGUGGGAAUCCUUUCAGUCUGAAAACUUUCAUGACUCUCUGCCCCUUUGACUCCUUCAACUCCUUCGACUAUGACCUGAAAGGUUCUGGAAUGAGUAGGAUUGAGGCCCUGCAGGAUUCGAAGCAGGUUACUGGGCUGGCUUUUAAUCCCUUCAAGAAGUUUGAUGAGCAGGAUAUUGUUGGAAGUAUUGGAAACGUGUUACUCACCUCUAAUCAUAAAUCUCUUCAAAUCCAAGACCUGUUGGAAGAGGCAGAGGUAGGGCCUCAGAGCACCAUUAUCAAGACCCAGUGCCUCUGCAGCAGCCUGACCUACACCAGCAGCUCCUUUAAAACCUUGCCCAGGACGGUGAAUGUCCAAGACACAGUCAAGCUCUUCCAUGGGGUGUCCCGCAAUCCCGUUGGGGUGUCCUUGCUGGCCAGCCUUUUUGGAUUUUAUGUCAUUUUCAUUGUAUGGGCCUGGAGAAAAGAUAGAGAGGACAGGAAAAAGUUGAAAGUCACCAUCCUGGCAGAUAACUGCCCCAGCUCUCAGUCUCACUACCUCGUUCAGGUCUUUACCGGGUAUCGUAGAAGGGCAGCUACAACAGCCAAGGUUAUUCUCAUCCUUUAUGGGUCAGAGGGGCGGAGUGACCCUCACCACCUGAGUGACCCCCACAAAGUCGUCUUUGAACAGGGAGCACAAGACGUCUUCCUUCUCACCACCAGAUCCCCACUGGGGGAGUUGCACAGCAUCCGACUCUGGCAUGACAAUUCUGGUACCAGCCCAUCCUGGUACGUAAACCAAGUAAUUGUCAGUGAUUUGGCCACAAGGAAGAAGUGGCAUUUCCUUUGUAAUCGUUGGCUGGCUGUUGACCUGGGAGACUGCCAACAGGACCAGGUUUUCACAUCAGUCUCAAAGAAAGAACUCUUCUCCUUUAGAAAUUUAUAUUCGUCCAUGAUUAUAGAAAAAUUCACCCAGGAGUACCUGUGGCUGUCAGUGGUGACCUACAGCCCCUGGAACCAGGUCACAAGGGUCCAACAACUGUCUUGCUGCAUGACCCUUCUUAUUUGUAGCAUGGUCAUCAACAUCAUGUUCUGGAAGCUAAACAGCACAGAGGAGGAUGACAGGAUCAUGCAGGAUAAAGAGGUUCCAGAAAAUCUCCUCAAUUUAAACCAUUACCUGCUCAGAGUCCUGGAGAGGCUGCAAUUCCAGUGCAGUACCCUUUUGGCAAGCCCACCCCGAGGGCCCCAUGACUUCCUGUACUCAGCUAGCCAGCUACAAAGCCUCAGGGAGCUCAUGGAGACCCAGGUUCUUUCCAUGGCACAGAGCCCAUGCAGUGAUAUCACGAGUUUCCCUAUGCUGGACUCAGAGGAAGAGAAAUCUACCAUCUCGAACUACCUGCCCAAAUGGUCUGUUUAUAUCUGCUGGCUCCUUCUGGGUGUUACAAGCCUAGUCUCUGCCUUUUUCACAGCCCUUUACAGCCUAAAGCUGAACAAAGAUCAAGCAACCAGCUGGGUCAUUUCAAUGGUACUGUCAGUUCUGCAAAAUAUCUUCAUAAUCCAGCCAGCAAAAGUGGUGAUACUCACACUAUUCUCCUCACUGUUGCUGACAAGGAUAUCAUGGCGCAACAAAGAGAAGGAAAAACAGAUGAGGAGGAUCUUGGCUCUCCUGGCAAGAUGCCCUUCCUUGUCACCACCUGGCUUAAGAGAUGAGAACAACCCCAUCUAUAGGGUUCCUCCUGUGAAGAGCCCAGUUAAGGCUCCAGAAAGAACUACGAAAGAGAAACAACUCUUCCAACUGGCGAGAGAAAUUUUCGUACAAAUUCUCUUCCUUGUAAUGUUGAUGAUUUCCACUCAUUCAGAAAGGAAUAACAACAGAUUUUACCUCAAUCAAGCCAUCCAGAAGAGAAUUAGUAACCAGUUUGAAGAGAUCAAACGUAUUAAAGAUUUCUACCAAUGGACUAACAACACCCUUAUUCCUAACCUGUAUGGCAAAUACAGAGGCUUUUUCGCUGAAGGAAAUUCCUUCCUCAUAGGCAGUGUCCAAAUUCGCCAGAUCCGUAUUCCUGAUACUGUAUCCUUCCCAAAUAGAAUUUCUCCUAGUGAACAAGUGAAGCCCUAUUAUCAGCAUCAUCAGGAGGAUCAAAAGAAUUACGGAGUUCAUUGGGUCCCUCUGGAUCUGAAUAGCACAAAUCAAGACAGCAUUUGGCGUUAUCAGAGUGAGAAAGCCUUGGGUGGAUACCCCAUCCAAGGACAGUUUGCAGUGUACUCAGGAGGAGGUUAUGUUGUUGCCCUUGGGAACAGCUCUGAGGAUGCUAACAGAAUUCUUCAGCAGCUGAAGCAGAGCCACUGGCUAGACAGACGCACCAUGAGCCUCUUUGUGGCAUUUGUUGUCUAUAAUGCCAAUGUGAACCUCUUCUGUGUAGUGACCCUGAUCCUGGAGUCCAAUGGUGUAGGGGCUCUCUUCAGUUCUAUGAAAGUGGACAGUUUACGGAUCAUUCAGAUGCACAGAGGUUUCGUCUGGUCCAUCGCCUCAAAAGUUAUCUACUUUCUGCUAGUCUUUUAUCACCUCCUCACACAGGGGAACCGGCUGAAACGGCAAAGAUGGAAAUACUUCACCAAGAAAAGCAAUGCCCUGGACACAAGCAUUAUCCUCAUCAGCUUUAUAAUGCUGGCACUCCGGUUGAAGCGUUUUUUCUUGCAUAAAAGAGCUAUGGAGCGAUACCGUCAUAAUAAAAGCAGAUUCAUCAGCUUCCAUGAAAUUGUACAAGUGACCUGUGCUCUCACUUACCUCCUUGGCCUCCUGGUCUUGCUGUCAACCAUUCGGCUCUGGAGCCUGCUUCGGCUCAACCCCAGACUCCAGAUCAUCAGCACGACACUGAAGAGAGCUUGGGAUGAAGUGGCUGGCUUCUUGCUGAUCAUUCUGAUCCUCCUGACAGGCUACUCCAUGGCUUUCAACAUUGUUUUUGGAUGGAGCAUCUCUGACUACAGAACCUUUUUCAACUCGGCUGUAACUAUUGUUGGUCUUCUGAUGGGGAUCUUUGACUACCACGAGGUUGUCAACUUAGACCCAGUCCUGGGCUCCUUUCUUAUCAUCACCAGUGUCAUUUUGUUAGUGCUUGUGAUCACUAACCUUUUUGCUUCUGCAAUUAUGCUGACCUUCUGCAAGGAGAGAAAGUCCAUUACGAGAGAAGCACCACUUACAGAAAUUCUGCUGAAAAAACUCUCCAAUUUGUUAGGAAUACGGAGACCUCAAAAGGAAGCACUGCCAGAGCAAACAGACCCAGCAGCAGCAGGCACCAACAUGGAAGCUUCAGAGAAUGAACCAGCUUGACUUUCCCACUCCCUAUC